AUGUCAUUCUCUCUCAGAGCCCUGCGUGCUCUUCCUCCCAUCUCUCGGACUAUCCGACCUGUCUCUCUCGCUCGACCCAUCAGGGCUUUUGCUUCGACCCCAAACAGGAGAGAAGGUCAUGGACCCACUCCUCCGCAAUUGUAUGGUCCAGGAGGUCAGACCGGUAAGAUUGCUUCCAACGAGGAGCAAGCUACCGGUCUGGAGCGAUACGAAUUGAUGGCUGAUAUGAUGGGAUAUGAUGUCUUUGACAUGAAGCCUUUGGAGAUGACCCGAAUGGGAACUUUGGAGGACCCUAUCAAGAUUUUCUCAUUGGCUCCCGAGAGACACGUCGGAUGCACUGGAUUCCCUGCAGACUCUCACGACACUAUGUGGCUGUUGAUUGAUCUUCGAUUGAGCCGACAUCGAUGCCCCGAAUGUGGAUGCGUCUACACUCUUGACUUCAAGGGUGACCCUCAU